GUCGAGCUGCGCGUCGAGGGCAUGACCUGCGCGGCGUGCGCGUCGCGCGUCGCCAAGGCGCUCCGGUCGCUCGGCGUCGACGACAUCUCCGUGAACUGCGUCACGGACCAGGCGGGCUACGCGUCGUCGCCGGACACGGCGCGCGUCGAGGCCGAGGGCGAGAAGGCGGCGAGCGACGACCCGCACGUCGCGAAGACGACGCUCGCGACCAAGGGCAUGAUCUGCCCGAGCUGCCCGCCGCGCAUCCAGCGGGCGCUGAAGCGGCUCGACGGCGUGCGGGACGUCACCGUGUUCCUCGUCCUCGACGCCGUCGAGGUGCUCUACGACGCGCGCAUCGUCGGACCGCGGCUUCUGGCGCACCGCCUGUCGCAGCUCGGCUACGACGCGAGCGUUCAAGCCGACGACGAUGGUGUGGACGUCGCCGGCGAGGAGCGCGCGCGGAAGCUGGCGCGCGUCGCCGAGGUCCGCGCGUUCCGGCGGCGCGCGGCCGUCGCGUUCGCGCUCGCGGCGCCGGUCUUCGUGGUCAUGAUGCUCGUGAUCCCCUACGGCGCGCGCGACGCCGCGCUCGGGUCGCUGCUGCUCGCGACGCCCGUGCAGUUCGUCCUCGGCUUCCGGUUCUACGUCGGCGCGUUCAACAGCCUGCGCUACGGCACGGCGAACAUGGACGUGCUCGUGGCGCUGGGCACGUCGGCGGCCUACUUCUACUCGAUCUACGUGCUCUACGAGUGCAGCGACGGCGGCGGCGGCCACGGCCACCACGGGUCCCACGCGGACGACGCGGACUGCGUCUCGGGCCACCACUUCUUCGAGACGUCGUCGGUGUUGAUCGCCUUCGUGCUGCUGGGGAAGUUCAUGGAGGCCAAGGCCAAGGGCCGCACGUCCGAGGCGCUCCAGGCGCUGCUGAGCCUCCAGCCGAAGAUGGCGACGGUGUCGCACACCAUGGACGACGGCGGCGACUACGAGGAGGUCGUCGACGCGGGCAGUCUGAGUCGAGGCGACGUCGUCAAGAUCAAGCCCGGCGAGGCCGUGCCCGCGGACGGCGCCGUCGUGAGCGGCGAGUCGAACUGCGACGAGAGCAUGCUCACGGGCGAGUCCAUGCCCGGCGGCUCGGAGCACCCGCUCGCGUCCGCGCUCGUCGCCACGGCCGCGGAGGCGCGGGGGCGGCGGGGCUGGCGGGGCCCGCGAUUCCGCGUCGUCGCCUUCGACGCGCUCGUCGGCCGGGGCGUCUCCGCGGCGCUGCGGCGCGCGGACGACGCCGCGGCGCCGGAGCUCGUGCUCCACGUGGGCACGCGGGACCUCGUCGCCGCGGCCGGCGGCGGCCGCGGCGCUCUCGGGCCCGAGCGCGACGCGCGCGCCAAGGCCCUCGAGGCCGACGGCGCGACGGUCGUCUUCGUCCACGCGGCCGUCGGCGGCCGGCGCCUCGUCGCCGACGACUUCAAGGCGACGGCGAAGAAGCCGCCGCCGGCGGGGUCGGGGGACGUCGUGGGCAUGAUCGGCGUCGCCGACAUUAUUAGGGACGAGGCCGCGCGCGUCGUCUCCCACCUCCAGUCGAACCUGGGCAUCGAGGUCUGGAUGCUCACGGGCGACAACGAGCGCACGGCCCAGGCCAUCGCGCGCCAGUGCGGCAUCUCGCGCGUGCUCGCCAAGGUGCGGCCGGACGACAAGGCGCGGAACGUGACGUCGCUCAUGGACCAGGGCCACGUCGUCGCCAUGGUCGGCGACGGCGUCAACGACUCGCCGGCGCUCGCCGCGGCCGAUCUAGGCGUGGCCAUCGGCGCGGGCGCGCAGAUCGCCGUCGAGACCGCGGACGUCGUGUUGAUCCGGAGCGUGCUCGACGACGUCGCGACGGCCAUCGAGGUGAGCCGCGCGACUUUCGGGCGCAUCAAGGCGAACCUCUUCUUCUCGCUCGCCUUCAACGGGUUGGGCAUCCCCAUCGCCGCGGGGGCGCUCUACCCGUUCCUCGAGGUGCGGCUCCCGCCGGAGGUCGCGGCGCUCGCCAUGGUGCUCUCGUCCGUGUCCGUCGUCGCGUCGUCGCUGUCGCUGCGGUCCUACAAG